AUGUCUAACAUAGAUUAUUUCUUUCCAAAUUUCAACAAAGAAAUUGCCGAUGAUCUAUACGAUAUUCUGAUUUUCUUCGAUGAAAACGAUGAAUUGCUGAGCGAUUUGAAAUUUUAUUUUUCAACUUUCGCAAUUCCAAUCCUAAUAUUCCAUCUAGUUAUUUUGACUCGAAAAUCAAUGCGACACACUUCGAUAAAUGUGAUUUUGGCAGGAUUGGCUUUGGUUGAUAUUUUGAUUAUGUUCUGUAAUUGUUUUGCGUUUUAUCGUUACCAUUUGACCAGAUAUUUAAGAUGUGAUAACUUCGAUGGCUUUUGGAUGAUUUUUCUAGUCUUGGUGCAUGAUUCUUUGAACCAAUUUAUGGUUAGAUUGUCAACCUGGCUAGCUGUAGGAUUACCAUUUUUGUGGACUAUCAUCAUUAAAUUUGGGGUCAAAUAUAUAUCCCUAAAAACCUCGAAAGUUGGAUAUAUUUUCAUAGCCGUUUUGAUUUGCUUCGAUCUUCCGUUCACGAUUGCUGGAAGUAUUGGAAAUAAAAUCGAAAUAAUUGAAAAUGACAUUCUUGAUGAGCGAUGUGGACUUCCAAAUUUCACCUACACUUCCUAUCAAGUUGGUUAUCCCGAGUGGACGAAAGCCAAUGAUUUUGAGUAUUUUCGUCGAUAUGUUUUUGUUGACGCGAUUUUCACCAAACAUAUUCCCGCAUUUUUAUCACCGUUUUUAACAGUGAUUUUGAUUCGAGAAAUGGGGAGAUUGAAAGAGAAAAGGAAUGAGGUGUUUAGAAGUGAGAGCUGUAGAUCUCAGAAUAAUCAAACUACUCGGCUUGUUCUAUUCAUGACGAUAUUUUUUGUUAUCAUCAACACACCUUUGGGAAUUUUCCGAAUUUCACAAGCCUUUUUUCUCGAUCAGCAUGGGGUCUUGUGAGUUACUCCAACUUCCGAAUUUAAGAAAAAACUUAAAAAUCUUCAGAAUGAUCCUCUACAACAUCUCAAGAAUUUUUGAAGCAUUCAGUGUGAUUAAUGCAGUAUCACAUUGUAUUUUAUUUUUUCUGAUGUCGAAAAAAUAUCGAAUCACAGUGUCUAGUUUAUUUACAAGAUCUUGUAAGCAACGAGUUGCUGUUCAAAAAUAA